CGCCCCAUAACCACGAAGCUCGAGCGACGGCCGUCCGGUCCAUACAAAAAACAUCCUCCCAAUAGUAUUCUCUUGUAACUUCAGUGGUUGCAAGAAGGGAAAAUGACGUCACACACAUGGAAUUUGUUCUGGGGUUCUUCCUUUGUGCGCACACCUCUCAGGAACGGCGUGGGGAGAUACGUUCAACAGCUCCAAAGAGUUACGUUUAAGUUUUGUAAGACCCAUGGAGGCAGUCAAGGGAUGAGAGAAUUCAUUGAAAAGGACCUUGUUGAUUUUGCAAAAGUGAACCCAGGAGUUGUUGUGUACCUCAAACCACGCCGUCACAGAUCUCCUUGCCUCAAGGCAGAAUACUUAAAUGGUGAAGAAGAAUAUAUCUCAGCUCACAACCUCUCAAGUAGCGAUAUCAAGAAAUGGGUGGAAUACCUUAGAAUGCGGUCAGGAAAUCCAGUGGAACGUCUCAGAAAGUAUCAGCACACAGAUCACCCAUCCAUUCAAGGCCCUUGGACACCCUGGACACAUCGUGAUCCUGAGAUUAACGUAACUGAAUUUCCCAGUGAGAAGCUGUCUGCUGCUCAUGUAACAGAGAAGACUGCAACAGAGCAGGUGAUAGAAUUAUUUGAAAAGCAGAAGAUUGCCAGUGGAUCAAAUACAUCAUAAUAAGUAUUUUUAAGUGCCAUUUAUUAAGUAUGUUUAACUGAUGUAACAGUGAAAGCUUUUCUGUAAGAAUGAGGAGAGUGGUAAAAUCAAAGAAAAUAGAAAGAGAAAAUUUUAAAAAUAUAUUCUAUUGAUUCAAAGCAUUAAAAUUGAUAUUUAUGAAAAUAAUGAACAUUUCUCAAAUGAUUACAGUGAACAUCUUAUUUAUGUAAUGAUAUAUUGUUAUAUAAUUUUUAAAAUCUGUUUUACAUACAGUGAAAUAUAGAAAUUAUUUUGCUUCGUUAAUGAUGUAUCUUCUGGAUUAUUGAACUAGAUAUUACAAACUGUAAACUGUAUAUAUGUAUGACUUUUGUAAAUAAAUGUGUUGUGAAU